GAAAAUCCCCGCAAUUCUUUUUCUCGCGCAUCGCCCCAUCCUCCAAUUGUUGUAUUUCAAUUCGGCCCCGUUGAGUCACUCAGAAGCGGUUCCACCAAAGUUUUGUGCUUCCCCUUUCCAAACCCGGCCACUCUCUCUUGCCUCUCAUCGUCACUAUCCCCUCUUCUUUCUCCCCCAUCCUCACAUAUAAUAAUAAAAAUGGCCACCACCAACGGCUCCUCCGCGACCGCUGAGCCCGCCCAGGCCACGACAGUGGCGGACAAGAAGUCCUUCACUGUCAAGGCGGGCCUGGCGCAGAUGCUCAAGGGCGGGGUGAUCAUGGAUGUGACCAACGCGGAGCAGGCGCGCAUCGCCGAGGAGGCCGGUGCGUGCGCGGUGAUGGCGCUGGAGCGGGUGCCGGCCGACAUCCGCAAGGACGGCGGGGUGGCGCGCAUGUCGGACCCGGAGGUGAUCCGCGAGAUCAUGGCGGCGGUGACCAUCCCCGUCAUGGCCAAGGCCCGCAUCGGCCACUUUGUUGAGUGCCAGAUCCUCGAGGCCCUCGGCGUCGACUACGUGGACGAGAGCGAGGUGCUCACCCCGGCCGACGAGGCCUUCCACGUCGAGAAGUCGGGCUUCGGCGUCCCCUUCGUGUGCGGCUGCCGCAACCUGGCCGAGGCCCUCCGCCGCAUCGCCGAGGGCGCCGCCAUGAUCCGCACCAAGGGCGAGGCCGGCACCGGCGACGUCGUCGAGGCCGUCAAGCACAUCCGCACCGUCAACGCCGACAUCGCCCGCGCCUCGGCCGCGCUCCGCGAGGGCGGCGACCCGGCCAUCCGCGCGCUGGCCCGCGAGCUCGGCUGCGACGCCGCCCUGCUGAGGCAGACGGCCGAGCUGGGCCGCCUGCCCGUCGUCAACUUCGCCGCCGGCGGCGUCGCCACCCCGGCCGACGCCGCCCUCAUGAUGCAGCUGGGCUGCGACGGCGUCUUCGUCGGCAGCGGCAUCUUCAAGUCGGGCGACGCCGCCACCCGCGCAAAGGCCAUCGUCGCCGCCACCACCCACUUCCGCGACGCAAAGGUCCUGGCCGAGGUCAGCAGCGGGCUCGGCGAGGCCAUGGUCGGCAUCAACGUCGGGACCAUGAGGGAGGCCGACAAGCUGGCCGGCCGUGGGUGGUAGUUCUGUUGCAUUUACGGGGGGGGGCGGGGGGCUACAAAAGAGAAUUGAACCAAACACAGGAGACAGGAGUCUUUACAUGUGGUUGAUAUGACAGGGGCUUGAUGAUCUUUGUUUCUGUCGGCAAUCUGGGCCAGAGUAAGUGCCGAAAAGGAAUCCCUCGCCCGUAU